GACUUUCACGUGAUCAAAACUUGUACAACCACUUUUCAACAUAUUUGCAUCAUUAUGUCGCAUUUCUGGUGUUUGUAAAUGGUGCAAAAACCAUCUGCACAAGACAUUCCACAGCUUUCAGUAUGCUGCAGCAUCUGUACAGACAGCUGAAUGCAGCUGUGGACUGGAGCACCCUCCUGGUGGCCCUCUGCACCUGGCUGAUUGUUGUCCUCACUUACAAGCUGUUCCUCAGGCCACUGUACUUUUCUCCUCUCAGAGUCAUGCCGAGCCCCAAGUACAAUCCUAUCCUUGGUCAGAUGUGGGAGAUUAUCCAUGAAGAGGCUGUAGUCCCAACGCUAAGAAGAGCCCGUAAGCUCGGCCCCAUAUCCAGAUAUUUCUUCCUGUUUGGAGGAGAGCGAGUCCUGGUAGCGGAACCUGAUGCACUGAAGCACAUCCUGGUCACCAACCAUGCCAACUAUGUACGGCCAGCUUUUAUAACCAGGGCAUUUGCUAACCUUGCAGACAAAGGACUUCUGGCAGUGAGCGGCGCUGAACACGCCAUGCAAAGGAAGAUUCUAAAUCCUGCCUUUAAACGGGAAAACCUUAAAGGAAUGGUGAAAACAUUUCAGGAAUGGACUGAGGUGCUGGUGCAGUACUGGAAUGACAAGCUAGAGGGCACCACUACCACAGACGAGUUUGUGGAACUCCCAGUUCAAGACGACAUGGGGAGACUGACCCUGGAUAUUAUCGGUAAAUGUGCCUUCAGUUAUGAGUUCAACUCCAUCAGAGAACCCGACAACCUCGUCAGCCAAAGUGUCACCAAACUGUUGCGAGGAGAGGGGACAGGUUGAUGACAACAUCCCCAACGACCUCCUGAGUCUGGUGAUGCUGGCCCGGGACAGAGACACGGGGGAGGGGCUUCCUGAGGAGGUCAUCAGGCACGAGGUCAUGACCUUCAUGGUGGCUGGACAUGAGACAACCAGUACAGGACUAUCCUGGCUGUUACUGGAGCUGUCACGUCAUCCGGAGAUACAGGACCGCCUGAGGUCAGAGGUCAGGGCUGUGUUGCCUGGCGACGACACGCCCAUCACCUGGGACCUCCUGGAUCAAAUCCCCUACCUGAUGUGGGUGGUGAAGGAAACUCUCAGGAUGCACCCACCCGCCCCUCUGACUUUCAGACAGGCACUGCAGGAUGACCGCCUGGGACAGUACCCCAUCCCUGCAGGCACUGUGGUUAACAUCAGUCCUGCAGUCAUGCACAGGUUGUCUCAGUACUGGGAAGAUCCGGACACCUUUAACCCUGAACGAUUCGCCGGCGACGCCAACAGGAACCCUUACACGUUCCUCCCAUUCAUCGCCGGCCCGCGGACGUGCAUCGGCAGUAAGUUCGCCCUGGCGGAGAUGCGAGCCGUGACGGCGGUGCUGGUCCGACAUUUCCAGUUUGAUCCGGUUCCAGGGGUACAAUACAAGAAUAAACAAAAAAUCACCAUGAGACCAGAGCCACCUCUCUGUCUACGUGUUAGCAAAACUCUGCUUUGAUUCAGGUUUCUUCUGUUUCUAACAAAAAGUCAUGUUUGACCAUGCUGUAAGUCAUACAAAACAGCUUCAAAAAUUUCAAAUUGCAAAGUCAUGAUCAAAGAGGAAGACGGGAAAGAACAAAAAUUAAGUACAAUCUGUCAUAUUGUAAAGCAAUUACUCUGUUACUGCGUUUCAGUCAAUUGUUCAACGUUUCUAAUUUCUGUUUCGUAUUUGAUUAAUGAAGACAACUUUCUUCAGCAAAACUUUUUUAUUUGCACGCUUGCAUCAGUUUUUGGGUUCGCAGUCUUUCAUAUAAUGAAAUCAGCAUGUCCUAAAUGAUACAGAAAAUCGAUGGUUUCUGUAAUAAAAUUGCUCAUGCUGCUUGUAACCGUACAGUUGUCAAUUUAGAUUGACACAAAAUAACUUGUGAAAUGUGGAAGGUUUCAAUGCUUAAGGAUUGUGUCCUGAACAUGUCAGAAUUAGGUCAAGAUUGCUCAUAGUUUUGUUUAAAGAAAGCACUCGGACACUAGACAGACAAAAGUGCAAGACUUGUUGUAGGAAGUGAAGGAAAUUAUGAAGGAAAUGUAUCAAGUAAUGAAAACUAAAAUGUAUUGCAGUAGGCCUAACCUGGUAUCCAUUCUAUCAUGAAAUGGACUAAGGCUAUCUUUGAGGUAGAUGGAGCUUUCUACCACGCACCUGUUAGUUGUUUUAUGUGGUAGGAGUUUAAUUCUCUAUUCAAGCAUUCUAUGGUGGCCAAUUAAACUUACUAUCACUCACAGAGGGGAGGCCUGUCUAACCAAAGGAAAGCUAAGCCAAGGAUAGCCCAAACAGAUGAUUAUAGACUGUUAGCCAUGUUUACUGUAUUCAUAUAUUUGGAUGAUGAUUAUAGUAAUGGUUAUAACUUGUAUCCUAGUUCUCAAUCACAUAUAUGUAUGAAAACUUUUGCUAAGAUUUCUUGAAAUUGUCCUUGUGGCAGCAACUCAACCUGCGGUCAUCACUUGUAAGUUUAUCAUUGCCGAGGUAUCGUGUUCUGUAGUUUGAUUUAAAUCUUGUAAGUUAAACCCGAUUUUGAAAAUGUGAUGCAGGGCAAAGCCCUAUUCAUUUUCUGUACAUAACUUUUACUUGACUUCUAAUGUUACAGAUAGUAAAAUUUGAUAAAGCUUAUAAAUUGCAAGUCUAAUAUUAUGUAAUGUUAAUCAUCUAUUGCAAAUAUGUUUCAAGGGAAAUACAUUCUAUGGUGUUCAAACAUUAAUAGCUUAAAAUAUUGAGGAUUGCCUAUAUUAUGUACUGAAGCUAAAGUGAAUUGAGUAAAACAUGUACUGUUGUAA